GGCCCGACCCGACCCGCCGCUCCCGACCCUCAGGACCCCCUUGGCUCUCCCUCCCCCCCGCAGGAGGAAGCCUCAUUCCGGAGCCCAAUUCAAGCCCUUCCUCUCCUCUCCUCUUCAAGUUUUCCGAAGCCCCGAUGCGCUGCCCUCUGCAGAGAGAGGAAAGCGUUCGGAGAGAUGUAAUCCUCUCAUCCUGCUCGGGAGUGAGCCCCCCUCAGGGUCAUCCAAGUGGAGACGGAGAUCCGAGCCCUCCCCGGAGUGAAGUCGUCCGGCGGGGUGGACGAUGGCAACCGCUCUCGGCCCCCAGAUCCAACCCUCUCUGGGGCAAGAGGGGCGACUGAUAAUGAAGGUGGAAGAAGACUCUUCCUGGGCCCAAGAACCCACCCCACGGGAGGACGACACCGACUCGGAGACGUUCCGCAAGCGCUUCAGGCGGUUCCGCUACGAGGAGGUGGCCGGGCCCCACGAGGCCUUCAGCAAACUCUGGGAACUCUGCUGUCGCUGGCUGAGGCCGGAGAUGCGCUCCAAGGAACGCAUCCUGGAGCUGCUGGUGCUGGAGCAGUUCCUCACCGUCCUGCCCCGGGAGAUCCAGACCUGGGUCUGGGAUCGCUGCCCAGAGAGCGGUGAGGAGGCAGUGGCCCUGGUUGUGGAUUUGGAGAAAGAGCCAGGGAGACCGAGGAAGCGGGGGCAGGUGGCGUCGGAGACCCCGGCACCUCUGGGAGCGCUGUGGGAGUUUCCGAGCUUCCAGAUGGAGCGAGUGGAAACCCAGUUGGAGGGAGUGUCCCGGGAGGAGGGCGCGGAGAGUCCACACUCGGGUCCGCGGGAGCCGCUGAACCGUAAAGAGGAGGUGCAGCCCCUUCAGGAGAGUGCUUUGCCUGCCCCUUGGGUUCCUGCCCUCCCUGAGGAAGGAAGUACCAGGGACCAGGAAAUGAUGGCUUCACUCCUCACUGCUGGGGCCCAGGGACCGGCGACGCAAGCAGAUAUGACCAGGUAUCUCUCCCACGAGAAGUGGGGCCGUCUGGUCCCGGCUCACAGAGAUCGCCACCGGGGUGUCGUGCAGGAGAACUAUGGGACCGUUGUCCCGCUGGGAUUUCAGGUUCCCGCCGCCGACGUCACCCCCCGGCUGGAACGAGGGGAAGAGCCUUGGGCCGUAGCUCUCCAGGGCUCCAAGGAGAGGGAGUUCCCGAGAGGCAGCCACGCCGGGGAGAAGCGAGGGCGCCACGACCACCUGCCGACGAGGAGGGAAGGGAAGACCUGGAGAGAUCAGCAGCAGCAGUGGGGUUUGGAGGAUGAGAAAAUUGCAGGAGUGCACUGGGGCUAUGAGGAAACCAAGACUUUCCUGGCCAUCCUCAAAGAGUCUCGGUUUUACGAAACCCUCCGGGCUUGCCCCCGCAACAGCCAGGUGUACGGGGCGGUGGCGGAGUGGCUCCGGGAAUGCGGCUUCCUGCGGACCCCGGAGCAGUGCCGGACCAAGUUCAAGAGCCUCCAGAAGAGCUACCGGAAAGUGAGGAGCGGCAACGUGCUGGAGCCCUGUGCUUUCUAUGAGGAGAUGGACGCCCUGCUCAACUCUGCCAACACCCCACCCGCUGACAUCCCAGAAGAGGCUGCAUCUCCCCUGAGGCCCGGAGGAAGCAGCGCGGGAACUGAAGAGCCAGGGGGCUGGGAGCCCGAAAAGCCUGGCCGGGAGGUGAUGGCAGAAGAGUCCGAUGGGGAUGAGAUGGGUCUGGAAGAACCAGGCCUGGAACCCGAAAUCUCUGGGGCCCCCGCCCUGUUCCAAAAUCCAAGUGGAGUGCACUGGGGCUAUGAGGAAACCAAGACUUUCCUGGCGAUCCUUAACGAGACUCGGUUUUACGAGACCCUCCGGGCCGUCCACCGCAACAGCCAGGUGUACGGGGCGGUGGCAGAAAGGCUCCGGGAGUGCGGCUUCCUGCGGACGGCGGAGCAGUGCCGGACCAAGUUCAAAGGACUCCAGAAGAGCUACCGCCGGGUCAGGAGCGGCCACGUGCUGGAGCCCUGCGCCUUCUAUGAGGAGAUGGAUGCCCUGAUGAAUGCCCGGGCCCCGGGCCCCUCCAGGGAUGCACUGGAGAUGUCCAGCCCUCCCCUGAGGCAAGGGGGAGGCGGUGGUGAUGCAGAGGAGCAGGAGCCUGGGGGCUGGGAUCCUGAGGAGCCUGCUGAAGCAAUGGGGGAGGAUUCUGAUGGGGAAGGAAUGGGUUUUGAAGAGCCUGACGUUCCUGGAGCUCCAACGCUGUUCCAGAGCCUGAGUGGAGUGCACUGGGGCUAUGAGGAAACCAAGACUUUCCUGGCGAUCCUUAACGAGACUCGGUUUUACGAGACCCUCCGGGCCGUCCACCGCAACAGCCAGGUGUACGGGGCGGUGGCAGAAAGGCUCCGGGAGUGCGGCUUCCUGCGGACGGCGGAGCAGUGCCGGACCAAGUUCAAAGGACUCCAGAAGAGCUACCGCCGGGUCAGGAGCGGCCACGUGCUGGAACCCUGCGCCUUCUACGAGGAGAUGGAUGCCUUGAUGAGAACCCAGGCCACCGGCCCCUCUGCUGGAAUUGCUGAGGAAUCCACAUCUCCCCCUGGCCAAGGGGGAAGCGGUGUGGAAACAGACGAGCGAGAUCCGGGGUCGUGGGAUCACAAGGAUGCUUCAGAAGAGGGCAUGGCGGAGGAGUCCGACGGGGACGAGAUUGGAAUUGAAGAGCUGACUCAAGAGCCUGAGGGCUCCAGGGCUCCGGUGUUGUUCCAAAACACGAACAGAACAGGACUUCCAAAUCCCAAAUCUGAUGGGAUCACCCGGCUGGAGUGUGGGAAAGAAUUGUGGAAAGUAGAUCUCCAGACUUCCAAGAGGGAGGCCUUGAGAGGAGCUCAUGCAGGUUUGGGGAGCAAGGCGAAUCCAAAACGGGAAAUUUCUGAGGAUGUGGAACUGCAGGGGCCAUUACCAGGACGGUCCAGAAGUGUGGUCCCCCAGCGCCCUGAUCUGGGAAAAGACUGUGAAAGUGAGUGCAGACCCGGGAAGCAAUGGGGGAAUCCCUCGGGAGAGAAAUUAGGGAGACUCAUUUCCCAGCAGAGAGAUUUAGGGAAAGUCAUAGGUCACCAGAGACAUUUCAUGGGGGAGAAAUCCUUUAAAUUCCUCAAAUACGGAAAAGGCUUUGGCCUGAACUCCCAUCUUAUGAUGCAUCCGAUGGUCCGCCAGAAAGAAAACCCCCACAAAUGCAGCGAGUGUGGGAAAUGUUUUGGUAGGAGCCGGAGCCUCAUUAGGCACCAGAGAAUCCACACUGGGGAGAAACCUUUCAAAUGCCUGGACUGUGGGAAAAGCUUCAAUGACUCCUCAAACUUUGGUGCCCACCAGAGAAUCCACACGGGAGAGAAACCCUAUAAAUGCAGCGAGUGUGGAAAAUGCUUCAGCCAGAGCUCCAGCCUUAUCAUACACCACAGAACCCACACGGGAGAGAAGCCCUACAAAUGCAGCGAGUGUGGGAAAAGCUUCAAUAACAGCUCCCACUUCAGCGCACACCGGCGCAUCCACACAGGGGAGAACCCGUACAAGUGUGGUGAUUGUGAAAAGAGCUUCAGUAACUGCACCCGCUUUAGAGAACAUCGGAGAACCCACACGGGAGAGAAGCCGUAUUCGUGCCUCCAGUGUGGGAAAAGCUUCAGUAAGAGCUCAGCUCUCUCCAAACACCGAGAAAUCCACGUGAGAGAAAAGCUACUGACCCAGCCUAGACCUAAUUACACACCAGAGAACCUGAAAGUGCGAGAGACUCUGUAGAGGAAAUUAGUUGAGGUAACCUUAGUACAAAGAUCGCAUCUCUCGGCUCAGGAUACCCAUGUGGCUUAAAAAAUUUUCCCUCUCUCCUGGAACCAAUCUUCUGUUAGAUCGGAAGUGAAACUCCCCAGGGAGAUGGAAAUGACAAGACCCAGAUCGCAUCCCACCUCUGCUUCUGAGCCAUUGAAUCAGCUCUUCAGUAGGCCCUGACUUCCCCUUGUAGUAAAAAGGGGAAGGUGGGUGGCCUGUUCGUGAAUUCAGCAAGCGACUCUGUCAGGUGUGUAGUGGACAGUCCUGCCUGUUGAAUUACUGAUUCUGGCAGCACUGAGGGCGUCCGGUCAAACGCAGGUGAAAGGUGCUUCUUCAGAGGGGUGGAAAUGCCGAGGGCGGUGUUGUCUCCCCCUCCUUCGUAUGUGAAUCUGCCCUUACCACGGUUACACCCUCCUGGGGCUGGAAGGGACUUAGCUUCCAGGCAGAGCUGUAGUCCUAACCAUCCCCAACCGUUGAAUAAGGAUCCUAUUUUUAAAGCUAUCUCUAGGUCACUGUGCAACACUCCUCAAUAAUCCAUUCCAGUGUUUAACAAACCUCCUUGUCAGGAAGUUCUUCCGUAUGUCUAGCCUAGGUCUUUUGUGCUGUAGUUUAAGCCCAUUUCCUCUUGUUCUUUCCUCAGUAGAGAAGGAGAGCAGCUCGUCCCCUUCCUCUGAAAGCCUCCUCUAAAGAUAUAGGUCACCCUGUAACCUUCACGUCUCUAGCAUAAUCUCAGUUCUUUUAACCUUUUCUCACAGACUUGUUCCGAUCUUUUAGUUGUCUUCAGUGUUUUUGUCUGAACUCUCCAAGUUUCUCAUGGCCCCCUUAGAGUGAGUGGAAUGUCUGCUCCUUGCCUUUAUUGGAAUAAAGUAGAAUUUUGUGCCCA